AUGCUCUCUAUGAUGCGUCUUUCAUGGGCGCCUUUGCCGAAACUGCCCAAACUGUUCUUGAAAAGGUCAUUUGCAUCGCAGAUAACAAGUCCUGUGGUCAAUCCGUAUAGGAGUAUCAAGUUGUCGGUACCUUCCGUGAGGACAUACCAUGCUGGAUUACCAGGUCUUAGAAAGCCUCAUGGGGCUUCCGCUGUCGGCCAAAGAAGAAUUGACCUCAAGAGGCUGUACUCUAUGACUCAACAGUUGCAAUCUCAGGCUGACUCUCAGCCAGAGACGCAGUCACACUCACAAAGUCCACCAGGAAACCAGACAGACCCUGUAAAAAAUAAUGCCAAAGACGAAGACAUCAAAUCCAGUUGGCGUGAUAUGGUGCGAUUGCUGCUUCUGGCAAAGCCUGAUUGGAAAUUGCUGCUGAUUUCAAUAGCUUUACUUACCGUAUCAUGCGUAAUCGGUAUGAGCAUACCAAAAGUUAUUGGGUUAGUCUUGGAUGACUUGAAGACCGGGUUAGAGAACAACAAGGAUAAGUACGGUGAAGAGACACCAGUUUCCAUGGAUGAACUGCCACCAAUCGUGAUGGAUAUGUCGAUCUACGAAUUUCUGGCAUACUUUGGCGGAUUCUUAGUUGUCGGUGUAGCAGCAAAUUUUGGAAGAAUAAUCCUAUUGAGACUUCUCAGCGAAAGAGUCGUCGCAAGACUGAGAGCAAAUGUUAUCAAAAAAACUAUACAUCAGGAUGCUGAAUUUUUCGAUAGACACAAGGCUGGUGAUUUGAUUUCUAGAUUAGGUUCAGAUGCCUAUGUUGUCUCGCGUUCUAUGACACAGAAAAUCUCCGAUGGGUUUAAAGCUCUUAUUUGUGGCGGUGUUGGUGUCGGGAUGAUGAUAUCUAUAUCACCAGCACUUUCAUGCUUGUUACUUUUGUUCACUCCGCCUGUUCUGUUCAGUUCGUCGAUUUUUGGUAAAAGAAUCAGAAAUACUUCCACUGAUCUACAGGAAGCAACUGGUACUCUAACAAGAGUCAGUGAGGAGCAAUUCUUGGGAGUAAGGACUGUCCAAGCAUUUGUCGCAGAGCAGAAAGAGAUUCAUAGAUACAAUGACGCAAUCAAGGGAAUUUUUAACGUUGGUAAAAGAGCUGCUAUUACGAAUGCCAAGUUUUUCACAGUUACUAGUGGCCUUGGUGAUAUGAGUUUUUUAGUAGUUUUAGCAUACGGUUCCUAUUUGGUUUUGCAAGGUGGACUAAGUAUUGGUGAUUUAACGGCAUUUAUGCUGUAUACCGAGUAUACUGGGAGCUCUGUCUUUGGACUAACAAGUUUUUAUUCAGAAUUGAUGCAGGGUGUUGGUGCUGCUGCAAGACUUUUUGAAUUAACAGAUCGUAUACCAUCAAUAAAACCAACAGUUGGUAAAAAAUUCAUUCCUGGGCAUGGUGAAAUAGAAUUGAAGAAUAUAUCCUUUAGUUAUCCGACAAGACCGGGAAAUUUAAUCUUUAAUGGUCUAAAUAUGAAGAUAAAAGCUGGCUCCAAUGUUUGUAUCGUAGGUCCAUCAGGACGUGGUAAAUCGACGAUUGCACUGUUGCUGUUAAAAUUUUAUAAUCCAUCCAGUGGUCAAAUAUUCAUUGAUAAGCAAGAAAUUUCAAAGACAAGCGCGAAGUCUUUAAGGCGACAUAUCGGGUUAGUGCAGCAAGAACCAAUUCUAAUGUCUGGAACAAUCAGGGAUAAUAUUACGUACGGUCUAACGUAUACACCAACUGUUGAAGAAAUAAGAACGGUUGCUAAACAGUGUUUUUGUCAUAACUUUAUCACCAAAUUUCCUCAAGGUUAUGACACCGUAAUUGGACCCCAAGGAGCACUGCUGAGUGGAGGCCAAAAGCAGCGUAUAGCAAUCGCAAGAGCUAUGCUAAAAAAACCAACCAUUUUAGUUUUAGAUGAGGCAACUUCAGCACUCGAUGUGGAGAGUGAAGGUGCUAUCAAUUACACAUUUGGUCAGCUGAUGAAAAAAAAAUCAAUCACUAUCGUUAGUAUCGCGCAUCGUUUAAGUACUAUUAGAAGAUCAGAAAAUAUCAUAGUCCUAGGCAACGACGGUUCAGUUGUCGAAAGCGGUAAGUUCAAAGAUCUAUUUGUAGAUCCAACCAGUGAGUUAUCUAAGUUACUACGUGAAAAAUCAAGUAGAUCGGAAAAUUCAUCUAUCGCUGAACCGGCUGAACAGCAAAUUGAUGAUUCGCUAAUCACACAAUCGGAGGAAACUCUUGUUGCUGCUGAUGUGGAUGAAAUUUUAAAAGAUGUUAGCACAGAGGGAAAGCCUAUAAAACUCUCUUAA